CCAAUUUCUUCCAGAUCUGUUCCAAAUCCCCCUCCAUCUUCCCCACUCCGGUCUCAGCCACCACCAAGGAGGGAUCGAAGUUGAUUACAAGUCUCUGAUCGGAAGACGCCGCCACCAUCUAUGACGGCGGAAUUAGCCAACGGGGUUGCGGAGCCCCUCUCCGCUUAUCCCAACGGCCAAGUGGGACCUGAAAACCCUAACUCCGCUGCUGCAUCUAAGAAGUCCAAGGAAAAUGAACGUCGUCGAAGGAGGAGAAAGCAGAAGAAGAACAAAAAGCCGUCCGCGGACGCCAAUGGUGUGGAUACGGAUGCUGCUCCCCAUGACGCUGAGAAUAACGCGGAGGAGAACUCCUCCGCUCAGAAGUCUACUGAGCAAGUUGAAGUGGAGUAUGUUCCUGAAAAAGCAGACCUGGAUGGUUCUUUGGACGAAGAGUUUAGAAGAGUUUUUGAAAAAUUCACUUUUUCUGAACCUGUUCCUGAGGAGGAUGAAAAAAAGGAUGAACCUGCCACUGAUGCUAGCUCAAAGAAAAAGGCUGAUUCAGACUCUGACGAGGAAGAGCAGGACACCCAACAAAAAGAAAAGGGAGGCAUCUCAAACAAAAAGAAAAAGCUUCAGCGUAGGAUGAAGAUUGCCGAACUGAAACAAAUCUCUUUUAGGCCUGAUGUGGUUGAGGUUUGGGACGCCACUGCUUCAGAUCCAAAACUGUUGGUAUUUCUGAAAUCAUAUCGAAACACUGUUCCAGUUCCAAGACAUUGGUGCCAGAAACGCAAAUUUUUGCAGGGUAAGCGUGGUAUAGAGAAGACUCCCUUUCAACUGCCUGACUUCAUAGCCGCAACAGGAAUUGAGAAAAUUAGACAGUCCUACAAUGAAAAGGAGGAAGGUAAGAAGCUUAAGCAAAAGCAACGGGAGAGGAUGCAGCCUAAAGUGGGAAAAAUGGACAUUGAUUAUCAGGUCCUCCAUGAUGCCUUUUUCAAGUAUCAGACUAAACCCAAGCUGACAUCACUUGGUGAUCUUUAUUUUGAAGGGAAGGAAUUUGAGGCAAAGCUGAGGGACAUGAAGCCUGGAACCUUGUCUCAUGAGCUAAAGGAAGCACUUGGUAUGCCUGAAGGCUCUCCUCCUCCGUGGCUCAUAAAUAUGCAGAGAUAUGGCCCACCACCUUCCUAUCCUCAUUUGAAGAUUCCUGGAUUAAAUGCUCCCAUUCCUCCAGGAGCUAAGUUCGGAUAUCAUCCUGGAGGUUGGGGUAAACCACCUGUUGACGAGUAUGGCCGCCCCUUGUAUGGUGAUGUAUUUGGAGUAUUGCAACACGAGCAGCCUAAUUAUGAGGAUGAACCUGUUGACAAGAGUAAGCAUUGGGGUGACUUGGAGGAAGAUGAAGCAGUGGAGGAGGAAGAAGAAUUGGAAGAAGAUAUGGAGGAAGAGGAUCUAGAAGAUGGCAUUCAAUCGGUUGAUAGCCUUUCAAGCACUCCUACGGGAGUCGAGACUCCUGAUGUUAUUGAUCUUCGCAAACAGCAACGGAAGGAGCCAGAGAAGCCUCUCUACCAGGUGCUUGAAGAAAAAGAGGAAAAGAUUGCUCCUGGAACUUUACUUGGAACUACUCACACGUAUGUUAUUAGCACUGGCGCACAAGAUAAAACCGGGGCUAAACGGGUUGAUCUUCUUAGAGGCCAGAAAUCAGACAAGGUGGAUGUGACAUUAGCUCCAGAAGAGUUGGAAUUGAUGGACAAUGUGCUGCCAGCCAAGUAUGAGGAAGCCAGGGAAGAAGAAAAGCUGCGUAACCAGCGUGAGGAUUUCAGUGACAUGGUCGCAGAGAAUGAGAAGAAAAGAAAAAGAAAGAUGCAGGAAAAAGAAAGCAAAUCCAAGAAGAAGGACUUCAAGUUUUAACAAGGUUAUGCUUCUUUUUUUGUCUGUAGUAAAUGAUACGGCAACUACUGCCUUUCCCUGUCCAACUUUUUAAAAUUUUUGAUGCACUGCCAGUCCACCCCAUCCCUUGCCAUUGAUGGCCUUUGUUACUAUCUAAGUGUACAACUGAAUGUGAAUUAGUCGAUGAAGCAACAGACUAUUGUUUGCUACUAGCAUUAGUAUUGUUGUUUGAUCAUUUAGGAGUAUAUUUCAUGUUCUUAGUUACUCUUAGGACGUGUUUGCUGAGAGGAAGAGGUAUGAGUUCUGGUAACCAUGAACUUCAGUUUGGCUGUGGAAUGUACAAUCCCUAGUGUCAGAGGCUAAUUCCAGG